AAUGGAUCUUUCACAAGAAAUCGACGAUUACAUCAAAGAAUCGAUCGAGUACUCCCUUGGCCUCCCUGUUUCAACUCAUACUCUGGAGUCGAAGCUUCAAGCGUCUCAAGAAGCCCGUGAGCGUCUUCGAGACCAGAACUGUUAUCUUCAGAUGAGAAUUAAAGAGAAAGAUGACGUCAUAGAACGUGCUAGGGCUGAAUCGAGUAUGAAUGCUCUAGCCUUGAAGAAAUUUGUGGAGGAAAAUCAGAAAUUGGCAAUGGAGUGCUCGAAUCUUUUGAGUCAGUGUACGAGGUGGGAGAAGGAAUGCUCAUUGUAUGAUCGCGAUCGAGAAGUAUUGAUGGAUUUUGCAAAUGAAGCCGAUGAACGUGCGAAGGAGGCUGAGACUCGAGUUCAUGAGAUGGAGGAGGAGUUGAGAGGGGUGAAAGAAGCAAUGCAGUUCUACAAGCAUCGGUGUGAGAUGAACCUGGCUGAUGGUCAUCUGAACUGUUGUAUCUUAAAGGUUGAUUCGUCUGCAGAAGGUUCAGCUACGGAACACCUUUUACUUGAGUCAUUAAUCACAACUUCGGUUGGCAACAACGAAUCUGCACCAACUGCACAUGCAUUUUUAGAAGCAAAUAGUGGACUGGAUGUGUGCCAUAGGUUGCUCAAAAUGUGGAAUAGUCUGAGGCCUUCAACUCAUAAAGUUCUGGCAUUGGCCGCUGAAGUCAAAACUCUACAGAAAGAUAAGGAGCAUUUGAGGAUUAACCUUGCUAGGGCCGAAGAGGAGGUGAAAGUGUUGUUUGAAGAAAACAAAAUACUGGAUAAGGAGAAUAAAAGGUUGGUGAGGCACCACAAAGAAAGGUGCCAUACUGGUUCUGGUGAAAAACAUACCAGCAGUGCUUCUGCCAAGGGGAACAAGAGAAAAUCUAGCCCUACAAUGUGGAGUCCAAUUGAGGGCAAAAUUGAUUUCACUGAUGUUGAUUCUCCAAGAAAGCCUCUGUCAUCCUUGCAACAUUACUCCCCCGAGUCUAGAAUGUAUAAGAAGAUCAUCCUGGAAAGUCAGAUAGACUGAAAGAGGCAAAUGUGCUUUGCAUCAUAUACAUUUUAGGAUGAUAAUUAGUUGAUUAUCUAUGAAAUUGUCUCUUUGUUUGAUUGCUGCAUUCGGAUAUCAUCCUGGAAUCUUGCGGCUUAUGAGCUGUUAAAAAUCAUGAUUUGAUCCAUACAUAAUCUCAAAGCAUACUAAAAAUUUCAUCGCAUAUUUUUGCAUAAGUCUGGUAUUCAAAAAAAA